CUUCUCGUCACUUUCUUCUUCCUCAAUCCAUUUCAACUGUUGCAGAGAGAGAGAAAGAGAUUAUUAAUAAUUAAAUAAACAGAAGAUAUUUUCAUUACUUUGCCGACCAUACAUAAAAUAUCUUUCCCCAAAAACUUCAUUACCGGAAAAAAGGUCAAAAAGUACGAAAAAACCCACCGCCUUUAUCCUCCAUUUCUUCACAUAUACCUUCUUAUCUGAGGCUAAAAUUGACUUACCACUACUCGGUUCUCUGUGUUGGUUGGUCAACCGGUAGUAUUCAGCUCCGAUCACCAGUUCCGGUAACUGGUAACCAUUGGUGAGAAAGCUUUGGGAUGUAAAUCGAGCUUAGUUUGAGCUGAAUCUGAGGUAGCAGACGAAAUGGAUCGAGGUCCGGGACCGUGUAUGGAUAUGCCGAUCAUGCACGAUAGUGACCGGUACGAUUUUGUUAGAGAUAUCGGGUCGGGUAACUUUGGCGUUGCGAGGUUGAUGACAGAUAAGCAGACUAAAGAGCUAGUUGCUGUCAAGUACAUCGAAAGAGGCGAUAAGACCUUUAAAUGGAGCAACUGCUAGUCUCUCCCUUCGACACAUUAGAUGAAAGGAUCAAUUCAACAAUAGAUGAAAACGUUCAGCGGGAGAUAAUCAAUCACAGGUCGCUGAGGCAUCCUAACAUAAUUAGGUUCAAAGAGGUGAUUCUGACGCCAACUCAUCUCGCUAUUGUGAUGGAGUAUGCAUCUGGUGGGGAGCUUUUUGAGAGAAUCUCUAAUGCAGGGCGCUUCAAUGAGGAUGAGGCUCGCUUCUUCUUCCAGCAACUUAUAUCUGGUGUCAGCUACUGUCACUCCAUGCAAGUAUGUCAUCGGGACUUGAAGCUGGAAAAUACGUUGCUUGAUGGAAGCCCUGCUCCUCGGCUAAAAAUUUGUGAUUUUGGGUAUUCCAAGUCUGCUCUGCUGCAUUCACAGCCAAAAUCAACUGUGGGAACUCCUGCAUAUAUUGCACCAGAAGUGUUGUUGAGGAAAGAAUACGAUGGCAAGAUUGCAGAUGUCUGGUCGUGUGGAGUGACAUUGUAUGUCAUGUUAGUGGGUGCUUACCCUUUUGAGGAUCCUGAUGAACCAAAAGAUUUUCGGAAGACGAUCAAUAGGAUCCUGAGCGUGCAGUAUUCUGUUCCUGAGAACAUUCAGAUAUCUGAGGAAUGUCGCCACUUAAUCUCAAGGAUCUUUGUUGGAGAUCCGGCACAGAGGAUCACAAUGCCUGAAAUCAGGAAUCAUGUAUGGUUUUUGAAGAAUCUUCCAGCGGACUUAAUAGACGAUAAGAUGAUUAGUGAUCAGUUUGAAGAACCUGAUCAACCAAUGCAGAGCAUUGAUACGAUCAUGCAAAUAAUCUCAGAGGCAACAGUACCACCAAUUGGCUUGUAUAACUUGGAAAUGAUGGACGAUGACAUGGAUGACUUGGAUUCAGAGCCUGAUCUUGAUAUUGAUAGCAGCGGGGAGAUCAUAUAUGCAAUGUGAGUGCAUGCCAAGCUUGUGAAAAGGAAGUUGUAUCCACAAUCUUAGAACAUUUCUGGACUUGUUGGUGUGCAAGGCUUAGAGAUUGUUGAAUGCUCAGUAACAUGAAAAUGGGGGUAUUUACAAUGUUUGUAAUUAGUCAAGUUCUUAUCCUGAAAGGGGCUUUUAGUCUGCCCAUGAAUUAUUUCUUCUAUUACCAUAGGAGGAAUUGGCUGAAAAAGUAAUGGAGUUCCCAUACUUGAGUUCAUAAUCUCUUUAUAAUGUCAUACAGUGUUGUUCUUUUGUAACUCUGUACUUUCUUAUAUGCGUUUGUGUCAAAACAAAUUAUGUGCUCUUUCUGGUUUUUGUAAGUUAAGAUGCUUAAUAGUCUUAGGGCUUGUGUAUGAGUAUGACUAUGUUUGUUA